AUGGCCCUUGAAGCCCUUUCUUCAAACGAGCUCUUGGACCUCAUCAUGUACGGUUCGAACAUGGGCCCAUUUAACAGCGGGCCCUCCGUGGACCCACAGCCGAAAACCACCGCUGCCCCAGAGCUGCCGGCCGGCUGGAGAAAGCGGCGGCGGCGGGCGAGGCCGUGCAAGAACAAAGAAGAGGUGGAGACGCAAAGAAUGACGCACAUUGCAAAGAAUGAAAACUACUACAGAUGCAGUACAUCCAAAGGCUGCGCUGCCCGAAAACAGGUGGAGCGCAGCCCAAACGACCCAGGAAUCUUCCUCGUCUCCUACACCGGCGAACACACCCACCCACGGCCGUCUCACCGGAGCUCCCUGGCUGGAAGCACCCGCAGCAAGCUCUCGUCUCCGCCUUCCGCCGUCGGGAAAGGCGACUACCGGCUCCUACGCGGCUGCGGCGGCGGCCACCAGCACAAGGGACUGGUGAAUAUCUCCUCAUCUUCCUCGUCUCAGGCGGGCUUCUCGCCGGCCGAUCUGGUGAAUGAUGACGUGGCCGAGAAGAAGGAGGCUGCCGCCGCCGGGGAUGACGUGGAUAUUUUUAUGACGAGCCCGUUGUGCGCGAACGACGACGAUGUGUUCAGAGGGUUUCGUGAUUCGGACGACCACUCUAGCCGCGGCGGUGUUGGCAGUGGGGAUCCGUUUUCCGGCGGUUUGCUGACGUCUCCGCCGUGGACGCCGACGAGCUCGGCCAACUUUCACAGCGGCGGCUUGUGA